GGGGUUGUUUUUUCGCUCGCAGGCCGACCUCGCUGUGCGGUGGUGGCCGCGGGCGCGGAGGGCGGGAGUGCUGCGCCCUAGCAGGUAGGCGCGGCUGCUCGCCGCUACCCUCCGGCGAGACUCGGCCCCGCCUUCUGCUUCUCCUUCGCGAGGCGGGAACCGUCGGCCGCGGGAACCUUCUGGCUUCCUCUGACUAGAUCUUGCCCGCAGGUCUUGGGCAGGUAGUAUAGAUCAUCAGUAGAAAAACUUCCUGAAAGAAGAAAUUGUUCAAGAGAAAUUUGAAAGUAGCAAAACAGAAGACGAGGAAUUGACAACAGAUGCAGAGGAUAGCAUGGAAAUUUUACUUCAUUCAUUUGUUUAACAAAUUUAUUCAGCAAAACUUUGUUAAACACCUACUCUUCCUAGGUAUUAUCCUAGGCAACAGGACCACAACACUGAACAAAACAGAGAAAAAUCUCCUGCCUCUGUACAACUACAGCUGAUGAUGUCUUCCAGUUUCAAUAUAUUUAGAGUUGGCAUCUCUUUUGUCAUAAUGUGCAUUUUUUAUAAGUCAGCAGUAGACUCUCUAUCAGAACUGAGUCCUCAGAAAUAUUUCAGUACAUUGCAACCAGGAAAAGCUUCCUUAGCUUAUUUUUGUCAAGCUGAUUCUCCAAGAACCUCUAUAUUUCUUGAAGAACUGAAUGAGGCUGUUACACCUCUCCAGGACUAUGGAAUUUCAGUUGCAAAGGUUAAUUGUGUCAAAGAAGAAACAUCAAGAUACUGUGGAAAAGAAAAGGAUUUGAUGAAAGCAUAUUUAUUCAGGGGCAACAUCUUACUUAGAGAAUUCCCUACUGAUGUCUUGUUUGAUGUGAAUGCCAUCGUUGCCCAUGUUCUCUUUGCUCUUCUUUUUAAUGAAGUAAAAUAUAUUACCACCCUGGAAGACCUGCAGAACAUAGAAAAUGCUCUGAAAGGAAAAGCCAACAUUGCAUUCGCCUACGUAAGAGCCAUUGGAACACCAGAGCACAGAGCAGUCAUGGAAGCUGCUUUUGUGUAUGGGACCACAUACCAGUUUGUCCUAACCACGGAAACUGCCCUUUUGGAAAGUAUUGGCAAUGAGGAUAUAGAAAAUGCACAUCUCUACUUUUUUCAUUGUAAACAAGUCUUGGAUUUGACUCUGCAAUGUAGAAGAACACUGAUGGAACAGCCACUGACUACAUUGAAUAUUCAUCAAUUUAUUAAGACAAUGGAAGCACCUCUGCUGACUGAAGUUACUGAAGACCCUCAACAGGUUUCAACUAUUCAUCUCCAACUAGGAUUACCACUAGUUUUUAUUGUUAGUCAGCAAGCAACAUAUGAAGCUGACAGAAGAACUGCAGAAUGGGUUGCUUGGCGUCUUCUGGGGAAAGCAGGAGUUCUACUCUUGUUAAGGGACUCUUUGGAAGUAGACAUUCCUCAGCAUGCUAAUGUGGUCUUCAGAAGAGCAGAAGAGGGAGUGCCAGCGGAAUUUUUGGUGUUAGAUGAUAUUGAUUCACUAAUAUCCCAUGUGGAAAGUAAUGUGCACGUUGAAGAAAUUCAAGAAGAUGAAGAUGAGGACACGAAAAGUCCAAAUAUGGAUGUUCAAGAUGAUGAAGUGGCAGAAACUGUUUACAGAGAUAGGAAGAGACCCUUACCUUUGGAACUCACUGUGGAACUAACAGAAGAGACAUUUAACACGACAGUAGUGGCUUCUGAUAGCAUAGUGCUUUUCUAUGCUGGUUGGCAAGCAGUAUCCAUGGCAUUUCUGCAAUCCUAUAUCGAUUUGGCAAUUAAAUUGAAAGGCACAUCCACUAUGCUACUCACUAGAGUGAACUGUGCAGAUUGGUCUGAUUUAUGUACCAAGCAAAAUGUUACUGAAUUUCCUGUUGUAAAGAUGUACAAGGAAGGCAAGAAUCCGGUGUCUUAUGCUGGUAUGCUAGGAACUGAAGAUCUCCUAAAAUUUAUCCAGCUCAGCAGGAUUUCAUGCCCAGUGAACAUAACAUCUGUACAAGAAGCAGAAGAAUAUUUAAGUGGGGAAUUAUAUAAAGACCUGAUCUCCUACUCUAGUGUGUCAGUGCUGGGACUAUUUAGCCCAAACAUGACAACAGCAAAAGAAGAUUUCACUGAAGCAGGCAACUACCUAAAAGGAUAUGUUAUCACUGGAAUUUAUUCUGAAGAAGAUGUUUUGAUACUGUCAGAUAAGUAUGCUGCAACCCUUCCAGCCCUGCUGCUGUCCAGACACAAAGAAGGCAAAAUAGAGAGCAUUCCAUUAGCUAACUCCCAUGCACAAGACAUAAUUCAAAUAAUAACAAAUGCAUUACUGGAAACAUUUCCAGAAAUCACUGUGGAAAAUCUUCCCAUUUAUUUAAGACUUCAGAAACCAUUACUUAUUUUAUUCAGUGAUGGCAGCAUAAAUCCUCAAUAUAAAAAAGCAAUAUUGAUGCUGGUAAAAGAGAAACACUUGGAUUCACUUACCCCUUGCUGGUUAAAUCUAAAGAAUACUCCUGUGGGAAGAGGAAUCUUGCAGUCAUAUUUUGACACUAUGCCUCCCCUUCCUCUUCUUGUUGUGGUCAAUCUGCAUUCAGGUGGCCAAGUAUUUGCAUUUCCUUCAGACCAGCCUAUCACUGAACAAAACCUUUUAUUGUGGCUUAAGAAACUAGAAGCAGGACUUGAGAAUCAUAUCACAAUUUUACCCGCUCAGGAAUGGAAACCUCCUCUUCCUGCGUAUGAUUUUCUAAGUAUGAUGGAUGCUGCAGCAUCUCAACAUCCCACAAGGAAAGAUCCUGAGUGUACAAAAGAAACGGAUGUGCAGGAGAAUGAUAAAAAACAACAUGAAGAUAAAUCAGCAAUCAUAAAAGAACCAAUUGAAACACUGAGAAUAAAGCAUUGGAAUAGAAGUAAUUGGUUUAAAGAAGGAGAAAAAUCAUUUAGGCAUGAUAAUAAAGAGUUAUGAUGCUCUAAAGAGCUGGUUUCAUAGAGCUGUGGAGAGCUUUACAGUCUUUUUAGUUUAUUUGAUAGACUGAAGAAUUUAUUAAAAAUAUUAAAUCAUUUCAAGUUUCUACACCAAUGUUGUCCAAUGGAAAUAUAAUGCGAGCCAUAUAUGUAAACUUGGAAUUUUCUAGUAGUACAUUUUUUUUAAAAAGUAAAAAAUGAGCACGUGAAAUAAAUUUUAAUCUUUCACCCAGUAAGUAUACCCAAAUUAGCUAAGUUAAGGGGAUCCCUGGGUGGCUCAGCGGUUUAGCAUCUGCCUUGGGCCCAGGAUGUGAUCCUGGAGUCCUGGGAUCAAGCCCCGCAUCAGGCUCCAUGCAUGGAGCUUGCUUCUCCCUCUGCCUGUGUCUCUGCCCCUCUCUCUCUCUUUCUCUCUCUCUCUCUGUGUCUCUCAUGAAUAAAUAAUUUUUUUAAAAAAAUAGCUAAGUUAAAUAAAAAUUGAGAUAUUUUACAUUUUUUCUGUCAAGUCUUCAAAAUCCAGUGCAUAUUUUACCCUUACUGUACAUUUCACUUCAGAGUAGGCCACAUGUGGUAACAACUGUAUGAGUUCAGUUCUACACAAAAACUGGUAUAAAUAAUUUAACUUAGUUCUAGCUAUGAAUUAGAAUAAAAAUGCAACUCUAGUUUAAUCACAGCUGACUCCACAAUUGUAUCACAUAGCUGGAAAUAGUAUUUGUUUUGUUGUAGACAUGAUGUUAAAACCAGUGUUUUUAAACCAGGGAGCAGUUUUGCCCCCCAGGGGACAUUUGGCAAUGUCAAAAGACAUUUUUGCCUGUUAUAACUAGGGGUGUUACUGGCAUCUAGUGGGUAGAGGGCAGGAAUGCUGCUACACACUAUCAUGCUUUGGACAGCCCCUCAUGACAAAGAAUUAUCCUGCCCAAAUGUCAGUAGUGCCAAGGUUGAGUAACCCUGUAUUAAACUAACUUAUGGUAGAAUGUUCUUGUUCUGCUCAGUUAUGUCUGAAAAAAUCUCAAAUAUUAAAGAUAAAUAUUAGGUGGUCUUAUCCUGAUUAUUAUCUGAAUAUAACCAUGUCUUUUUUUAAAUUUUUAUUUAUUUAUGAUAGUCACACACACACACACAGAGAGAGAGAGAGAGAGAGAGACAGGCAGAGGGAGAAGCAGACUCCAUGCAACAGGAGCCCGACGUGGGAUUUGAUCCUGGGUCUCCAGGAUCACACCCUGGGCCAAAGGCAGGCACCAAACCGCUGCACCACCGAGGGAUCCCUAACCAUGUCUUUUAUUAUAAAUUCAUUUUUAUAGUACUUUUGAAAGGUGAUAAGAUAACCCUAAAAAGGAUAUAGAAUUACAUAUGCAUGUUUAUAUAUGUAUUAUACAUGUACAUAUAUAUGUACAUAUAUGCAUUAUAUAUCAUAUAUACAUUAUGUAAUAUAACUUAAAACUUUAAUUAUAUCAUAUAAAUACAUAUAACUCAAGUGUAUAUAUAAAGGCAUAUGAGAUAAAGAUAUAUAUGUAUAAAGGUAUAUAAGAGAAUCUUAAAACCUGCACUUAAUUAUACAAGUUAUAUUGCUAAGUUGAAGAGGAAUUAGACAUUCUGCUAUCCUCUUCACAAAAAGAGAAGCUCCCUCAUCUGAAACAUGUAUGAAAUGUACCUUUGUAAGCUUUGGACAAAUCAAUUGGUCUCCUCAUCUGUAUAAUGAGAGGAGAAGCCAUAGGGCCUCAUCUAUAUAAUGAGAAAGAUUAGCAAAAAAAAUAAUUUUUAAUUUUAAAAGCACUUACUUGUCAGGCUGUUCUGUUUGUAGCAGUUUGUCUCAUUUUCACUCCAUGCAUUUUUUUUUUUGAGACAUUUGCUGAGAAUAUCCUACUUGGUGCUCUACUAUAUUUUUCCCUUUUAAUACCUACUUCAGGUGUCUUGUUCUUGAAAUUUUCUGCACAUACAAUUUGCCUAGUACAAUUGAGUUCAUAAAAAAAGCAAAAGACAGCUACAUUUCAUUCUAACAGAUCAUUUGCUACUGUUAAUACCCUCUCCUUGAUAUUUUUCCUCUAGCAUGUAAUGCAUAUUAUUUCAGUUCAUAUGAACUAUAAAUGUAGUUUGUAGUACUGAAACAUUAAUCUAACCACUAGAAAAUGCUAAUUAACUAUAAGCACACAGAAACUUGAAAUUGAUUAUUGUACUAUAGCCAGCAAUUUUGACAGUUGUUAAUAACAUGUUCUUUUAAUAAUUUUAAAUAAAAUGUCUAGAUUUCAGGCUUCCUUCAAAAA